CUUGUUUGUUUAUUUGUUUUUCUUAAGAAACAGAGCCUGUUGAAUUUGUUCUUUGGGUAUAAUCAAACCAAAAAAGUUAAAUGAAUGUGUUCACCAUCAUAUUAAUCAUAAGUGCAAUUUGCGGUCUUGACGGCUUUAAAACAGCCAUUGUCCCCAAUGAGUUUAUUGUUCAAUUCCAUUCAAAAUACUAUUCACCGGUCAGAGAGUCCUUCAUCAAAGCGAAACUGCAUGGCCCUAACAUAACAAACUGGACUAUUGUCCCACGUGACAAUUUAGCUUGGAAAUUUCCAAGCGAUUUCGAUGUUCUAAGAGUUUUAGCCGAAGACGAAACGUUAGCUAAUGUAAUUGUAGAAAGGAUAAAAUCUCACCCAUCAGUAAGGACAGUGGUCCCACAGCAAAGUGUACGGCGAAUACUGAACUAUGACCAGUACAGCAAUACUACAAUUGUAAACCGUCAUUUGCGAGGAGUUUUAAGAAACAGAAACUCAAACAAUGAUCGCCACAGGCAAGUUUGCUCAGCUCUGCACGCCAACGUUCUUUGGAAACUUGGCAUCACCGGCAAAGGAGUCAAGAUAGCUAUUUUUGAUACUGGCUUAACCAAAAACCAUCCACACUUUCGAAAUGUUAAGGAACGAACAAAUUGGACAAAUGAAAAGUCUCUUGACGACAAAGUUAGUCAUGGCACUUUUGUCGCAGGGGUAAUUGCCUCUUCAAAGGAAUGCCUAGGCUUUGCUCCUGAUGCUGAUCUUUACAUAUUCAAAGUUUUUACGAACUCGCAGGUUUCUUACACUUCGUGGUUCUUGGAUGCCUUUAACUAUGCAAUAUACCGGAAAAUAAACAUUCUCAACCUCAGCAUAGGUGGUCCGGACUUUAUGGACUCGCCGUUCGUUGAAAAGGUUUUGGAACUGUCUGCCAAUAAUGUCAUUAUGAUAUCGGCAGCUGGAAACGAUGGCCCCCUAUAUGGCACACUGAACAAUCCCGGGGACCAAAGUGAUGUGAUUGGGGUAGGAGGUAUUCAGUUUGACGAUAAAAUCGCAAAGUUCAGUUCACGAGGAAUGACGACGUGGGAGCUUCCUCUUGGAUAUGGAAGAUUGGGUCUCGAUGUCGUCACUUAUGGAAGUCAAGUGGAAGGAAGUGAUGUGCACAAAGGCUGUCGAAGCCUGUCUGGAACAUCCGUUUCCUCACCAGUUGUCGCAGGCGUAGCUGCUUUACUUAUAAGCGGCGCAUUUAAAAAAAUCGAUUUGAUAAACCCAGCUUCACUAAAACAGGUGCUCAUUGAAGGCGCAGAGAAGCUCCCGCACUAUAACAUGUUUGAGCAGGGAGCAGGAAAACUGAAUCUGUUAAAGAGCAUGCAGUUGCUGCUAUCGUAUAAGCCCAAGAUAAGCUUGCUUCCACCAUACCUCGAUUUUACCGCAAACUACAUGUGGCCGUACAGCUCUCAGCCGCUGUACUUUGGGAGCUCAGUGGUUAUAGCAAACGUGACAAUACUUAACGGCAUUUCGGUAACCAGUCAUAUUGUCGGCACCCCAAAAUGGAUUCCCGAUCUCGAUCAUCAUGGCCAAUUUCUUCGAAUAUCAACAGAAGUCUCGACUAUCCUAUGGCCGUGGACCGGGUGGAUGUCCGUGUUUAUUGCUGUGAAAAAGGAUGGAGAAAACUUUGAAGGGGUGUGUAAAGGAAGUAUCACUUUGGUUGUGGAAAGCCUUAAAGAAUCAACAAACGAAACUCAUAUUACAGAAGUCGAGUUUCCACUGACAGUAAAAGUAACACAAAAACCACCCAGGAACAAAAGAAUAUUGUGGGACCAGUAUCACAGCUUAAGGUAUCCACCUCGAUAUAUUCCAAGAGACGAUCUGAAAGUAAAAUUAGAUCCUUUGGACUGGAGGGCAGACCAUAUUCACACAAACUUUAAGGACAUGUAUACACACUUGCGUAAUGUCGGCUACUAUAUUGACGUUCUGCGGGAACCCUUCACCUGUUUCAACGCCUCAGAUUACGGCGCAUUACUGAUUGUCGACCCUGAGAGAGAGUUUAGCGACGAAGAAAUAAACGCUUUAAAAGAAAAUGUGUAUGAGAAAGGUCUGAAUGUUGUCAUAUUCGGAGAUUGGUAUAACACAACGGUGAUGAAAAAAAUUAAAUUCUUUGACGAAAACACCAGACAAUGGUGGACGCCUGACACCGGGGGCGCCAAUAUACCAGCCUUGAAUGAUUUGUUGAAGCCGUUCGGAAUAGCUUUUGGCGAUUUUGUUGGAGAGGGACACUUUAAACUGGGAGACCAUUCGAUGUACUAUGCUAGUGGAGCCCCUAUUAUCAAGUUUCCGAUGAACCCGGGGGAUAUUUUGGUCGGAACAAAGCUGAAUGAUCAAGGACUAUCGAUAAUAAAUUCUAAGACACCUAGUAAGGAGGCUAAAAUAGAUGUACCCAUUUUCGGAAUGUUUCAAACCAAGGCCAACAGUAUUGAAAGCAACGAGGAAAUCAUGAGCAAUGCAGAAAGCAAUUUGGUGGACAGUAUACCGACAGACUACUCAACAUUCAAAAAUAGGGUCUUGCUACUACGAAAGGCAGAAAGAAGUAUCAGCUUCGCCAAAACUAAUAAUUAUGGAACCAAAAAAGAAGGGAGAAUCGCUGUAUAUGGCGACUCCAACUGUUUAGAUUCGACUCAUCUCGAAAAGGCUUGCUACUGGCUACUAAUUACGUUUUUAGAUUUUGCAAUAAACUCUCACAAAUCCAGUUUAUUGCAAAAUCUAAAUCGUAUAUCAGAGUUUCAAAAAUUAAAAAGAGCACCCCUUCCUCUCAGAAUAGUAAGUAAUAAUUUAAAGGGUUCCGUAACAAAUAUUUGUGAACAGCUUGAUUGGCUAAUCCCGACAAAUCGAAAAGUCGGUGAAGAGAGAAUGUUGAACGUGGCUACGGAGAGAAGCGAAGAAAAUGAGAUCAACAUUAUUAAAAAUUUAUUGGAUGAGGAAAUCACAAAAUUGUCUCAGGACAAUGAAUACUUUACACAAAGCCAAGUCGGUGAUAGUUUAAGAACUCCGGUUAUAUUUAUGAUUAGUUUAAGCUUGAUUGUUGUUAUAUUAUUCGUUUUAUUCUUAAAACGUCGAUUCAUUUCUAAAAAUAAAUAUUUUAUAUUAUGAAAAGUUUGGUCCAUCGUUUUAGGAACCCGUAUAUCUUUUAUCCAACUUACCAAUAUGGUAAGUAUGGUUAAUAAAAUAGUCCCACACAAUUAGUUUUAAAAACACAUUUUAUUCAUUUGUAUAAUUUUAAAAUCUUUAAAUUGUAAGUUACUUAAAAAAUUAAAAAUGAGAGCAUUUUAAUCAUUUCUACAUACAAAUAAGUGUAUUUGUAAAGAUUUUUUUGAAUUAGUUGUAAAAAGCUUCGUGCUUUUGACAAAAAGUCGAUGUAUUUUUCUAAGUUAAAUAAAUUAUACGUAUUUUAAUAUA